AUGGCGAACGCGAAUAAUCUCAAUGACUCUUUCCAAGCGGCAUUCGAAACUGCCAUUCACAAAUUUCGAGUGGAACUCAAGAAUGACAACCUCUACCGUGAGAUUCUACAAACGAGGACGAUCGUGGAGGUCUACGACGUCACGGAUAAGCUUCAAGAAGAACAAUCGCGUACAGGACGACUACGGCAUUUGUCCAAAAUUGAGCCCUUCCUCGCAGGUCUGAGAGGAUAUGUGAACGUUAUCGAAGUUUUUAUGCAGGCAAAGUCUGACGUUCUUGCUCUCAUAUGGGGUCCCGUAAAACUCCUGUUACAGUGGGCAGACGUUCUGAAGCAAUCUAUGGAUGCCAUCGUCGAUACCAUAGCAGAGAUCGGCAUCUUGAUUCCUGAAUUUCAGAUAUCAAGUGAGCUGUUUGGGGAAAAGGCAGCUGUUCGAGAUGUUUUGCUCCUCUUUUUCGGGGACAUUCUCGACUUCUACGUCAUUGCGCUGAAGUUCUUCGGCAAUACACGGCUCAAAUUCGUCUUCGAAGCUCUCUGGCCUAGGCAAAGGGACAAGAUCAAAAUCGUUGCAGGCCAUUUCCAGAGACAUACGCAGGUCCUGAGGAACGAAGUUCGAUUGGAGCACAUACAAGCAGAAUACGACUUCAGACGACAGGCCCUGGAGUCGUUCGACAAAUUUGAGAACUCACAUCGGCUUCAAGAGUACCAGAGUCUUCGAACAAGCAUGCCGAUGGGGAAAUACGAGGAAAAGCUCCAAUACCUUGAUGAUCGCUCAUGCCAUGACGCUGGUAUAUGGUUGAUGAAGCACACCGAAUUUUGCAGUUGGAUCGAUCGAUCGCCUGGAUCCAAUCCUGUCCUAUGGCUUCAAGGAAUACCUGGAUCUGGGAAAACCCACUUGGCUGCCACAGUGGUCCACGAAGCUCGAAAAAGAGCGCACUCUCUCUUUGCGUUUCUCACAUAUACUCACUCGACAAACAUCUCGGCUUUAUCAAUCCUACAUUCAUUGGUGUUCCAGCUGUCUGCCGACAACCCCACAUUACAAUCCAUACUGUGUCAAUCAAGCGGCGAGAACUUUCGACACAACAUAGAGGCUGCGAAGUCUGUCUUCAAGACCGUAGCAUCCAGUGCUGGGACCCUUUAUAUCACCCUAGACGGGCUUGAUGAGAUUGAGAAAGCUCCGCGCUCAAAGAUCUUGGAAAGUCUGCUCCAAUUUUCAUCCGAGAUUGACGGGCUGCGUCUAUUGAUCAGCUGUCGAGCUGAAGGCCAUAUUACAAGCACGCUCAAGGGAAAAUGCUCAAGCAUUCGCAUAGAUGAACACAAUACCGAAGGGAUCCAUACAUACAUUACACAACACACAUCGAAAUGGUACAACGAACGCGAUUUCUGCCCAGAAGUGCGGAAGGAGAUAGGAAGCCUUCUUGCACCAUUGGCUGAUAAAGCAAAAGGAAACGGGGAUUUGACUCUCAAUCUAGGCAUGUUUUUGUACGCCAAAAUUGUGCUCGAAACCAUUGAGUCCAUGGACCCCGAAGAAAUUCUUGAAGACCUCGAAAUCUUGCCGAAUACAUUGAAUGAGGCGUGA